AUUAGUGGCAACAGACAGUGCUUCCUAAAUCAAUACAAGAAACAACGUUAUAAUGGAAAACAUUAUAUUGCCUGACAAACAAUAUAACAAUAUAUAAUAUGGCAAGGUUAUAGGUAGAAGGCUGACCGCUUUGCGGAUAUUAUAUCAAUGAGUGGACGGUGAUCAAUCUUUUUUAUUUUUUUAUUUUUAUUUUUUUUAAAAGUAAAUUAAGUAGGUAUCAGGAUUACAAAAUAUACUCCAUAUGAGAUUUUAAAACACGAUUAAGGGGUUAGUUUGUAUCCCGCCUUGUAUUCAGACCCUCCUCUUCGACAUUGGGGAUUGGCCAUAGAAGGAAACUUCGCCUCGGAUCCGCUGUAUCUGUAGCUCUCUGUGUGUCUGAGCUUUAGACGAACAGACACCGUGAACAGAGGGAUGAUAUCCGUCUAAACCAGUCUGUCCUGGGCGAACAUGGCUUAAAUAUUACGGUUACUGGGCGGUGAGAAGUUUUUUUUUCUUUUUUCUUUAUUACAAAUAGCUGUAACUUUCCGUGAAAAGAAAUCAGCGUCGAGACUUGUCUAUGCUACCGGCAGUGAAGCGUCUCAGGCAGUAAGGAGAGCUGGAACAACCAGUGUCCAUACAACAAUACACAGCAGGUUUUCUUCUCCGCAACAGCAGAGGAGAAAAGGUGCUCCCACACACAGGCCGCUGAUGAAGGGCAUGGAGAUGCUCCGUCGCUCGUCAGUGUUUGCAGCAGAAGUCAUGGAAGUGUUUGACCGCUCCCCAACAGACAAAGAACUCAUCUCCCAAUCGAAAAUGUUGUGCAGGGACUACAUUCACUCAAGGCUCAACCGGGCUGGGAUUGGUUGGACCAAAUCCGAGCUUGGAUCUACAGGAGGAACCCUCGGAGAAGUGUCCACUGUUCUUCUUUGGUUAGGUGAUGAGCUUGAAUACUUGCGACCCAACGUGUACCGCAAUGUGGCAAAACAACUGAAUAUCACUGUGGCUUCAGAAGGUAUUGUUUCUGAUGCCUUUCUGGCUGUAGCUGCAGAAAUCUUCUCCACAGGGGUGACGUGGGGUAAGGUUGUCUCUCUGUAUGCAGUAGCCGGAGCAUUGGCAGUGGACUGUGUUCGGCAUGGCUACCCUGCCAUGGUCCACACCAUCGUAGACUGCAUGGGCGAGUUUGUUCGCAAGAGCCUGGUGUCCUGGUUAAAGAGGAGAGGAGGUUGGGCUGACAUUACAAAGUGUGUAGUGAACACGGACCCCAGCUUCCAUUCUCACUGGCUGGUGGCAGCAGCCUGUACGUGUGCACACUACCUGAAGGCCAUCGUCUUCUACCUGCUGAGGGAGAAGUGAAGGCACAACAGAGGGACAAUGGACAAUGAGCCUCUCUUCUGUUUUUGGUGGAUAGAGCUGCCAUUUCACCGCUUUGACACGUUACUGCUCUUGGAAAGGAAAGUUGCACUGUGCCUUUAAUGGACUUUUGUGUGUGCUGAGCUGUUCUUGGAUGUCUUCGUGGAUUGGCUUCAAGGGUCUGUAAGGAUUUUCAGUGGAUUGAUAUCCAUUAGGUGAUGAUACCUAGAGGACACUUAUAUCUGAGGGGCAACUAUCAGUAGGACACGAACUACAGGAUAUUUCCCCAUCAGAAUCAGGAAGAGUGAUGUGUGUUUCAGCAGUGUGUUCCUUUAAAGCCAUACUGUCUAGCCCUCAUCUGCACUAUCACAUAGUGGCUCUUAUUAGUUUAUCCAUGUUUUUAGUGGACUGCACUGUUUUUUUUUGUUUGUUUUUUUUUUAAUACACUUUAUUGAUAUUGACACCUUCAAAUGCAUCUAGUGUUAUGAAAUUACUUGGGCAAGGUAGAAAAAGCGGUGUUUUUUUCUGCUCAGAUGAACAGAAUAGUUGCGUUAUGCUGACCAGAAACACUCUUUGUGAAAAAUAAUGUGUGUUUGUGUGUGUGUAUGAUCUGGUGUGAGGAAAAAGUGAGAGAGAUUAAAAAGCAUAAAAGAAAUAAACAGAUCUGGCUUUUUUUUUUUUUUAUCUCUUGUCCACUCUAAACUGAACUAAACAGCAUAUAGCUGAAUCCUUCAGUCAUCUAUAAAACAGCCUGUAAAACCUAUAAGCACUUUGGACAAAGCUUCCAACACGGCUUGGGCGUAUCUGGUGUCUCUGUUUCAUCGUCAUAGCUCUGUCUGUGCUGUAAUAUAAAAGUUGCUCUAUGAACUUUGACUGCAUUAUGCAGUUGCAACUGAUAACUUUUUCUGUGUACAUACAACAUAUAAAAAUUCAUUUUUGAGAAAUAACACAUUGCUAUUGUGUGCAGAUCACCAAGCCACACUGAACGUCUACAGAAUGAAUGUUACUAAAUGGAGAAAUGGCUUGAGAUACUGGAAUUGUGUAGGAUUGGGUUUUUUUGUUUGUUUUUUUACAUCACAAUAAUUAAUAAAUAUGAAUUCACUGAA